AUGCUGUGCCGCGGCCGCCGCCGUCCGGGGCCGUGGCGGUGGCCGGUGGAGCUGAGGCGGCUGUCCCGGUUGGCUCCGCCGGCGCCUGCGGCUGCCGACCCGGUGGUGGUCCGCGUGGACGCCAGCAACGUCGCGCGCUUGGGGGCGCCCAAGCCCGGGCCGAGGCCGCGGCAGCUGCUCUCGCUGCCGCCGUUCCCCGCAGGGCCGGACCCUCUCCAGGGAAGGAAGGCGGCGCCGCGUCGCGUGAUGGCGGUGAGCUGGGUGAAGCACUAUUUCGCCGACGUGCCGCAGGAGGCUGUGCAGGCGCACUUCAACAGGAGAAUGGUUUUUUCUGAGUGCUCUGACCACGAGGUUUCAGCUGACAGCAUUCGAACUCAGAAGCAUCAUCUGAAAAAGAUUAAACAUAAUGAUCCUAUGGAGCCCGGAAUGAGAAUUCACCUUCCUGUUUCAGUGGCUGAGGGUGAGAUAAAAAAGCGUUAUGAGACCAUUCCGACUGCCACGCUGCAUCCUAAUAAAGAUGAGAUUGAGUACCUGAGGAGGCUUGUCAUUCACAGGGACUCUGCUAUACUGGUGCUUAACAAGCCCCCAAAAGUGCCCAUGAAAGGACAUUUGCCAGUACAUAACAGCAUGGAUGUGCUUGCAGCAGCAGCACUGUCAUAUGGAAACGAAGAGGGUCCAAAAUUGGUCCAUCGACUGGACAGAGAAAGCAGCGGUUUGAUUUUGAUGGGCAGAACAAAAGAAAGCUUUACUCGGCUGCACUGGCUUUUCACUAGUGUAAAUUUAGCUAAAACAUCUUCUCAGACAUGGAAUAAAGCCUGUGAAGCAUACGUGCAGAAGUUUUGGGCACUAGUCAUUGGUACUCCUAAAGAAAGGGAAGGUGUUAUAGCUGCUCCUAUUUCAAAGGUACUUCUCGAUGACGGGAAAGCUGAGAGGGUUAUUCUGGCACAUCCUUCUGGCAUAGAUGGUGCACAAGAGGCAGUAACUGAGUAUCGGGUGAUGGGACCAACCAUUAAUGGGUGCUCAUGGAUAGAGCUACGCCCAUUGACUGGGCGGAAGCACCAGCUCCGAGUCCACUGUGCUGAAGCCCUCGGCACUCCCAUUGUCGGGGAUUACAAAUAUGGUUGGUUUGUGCACCAAACGUGGAAGCAAAACCCCCAGGCUGACUUUGAACCGUUUACUGGAGAGCCAUACAAGCUGAGACGGCCAGAAGGCUUGGAGAUUCAGAAGGGCAGUGUUCUUUCAAAAGUCCCUUUGCUACACCUGCAUUGCCGGGAGAUGGUCAUCCCCAACAUUGCAAAGUUCCUGAGCAACACUGGAGAAUGGCACAAAAACGGCGCCCCAUGGGCCAAGGAGAAGCCCAACCUCCUAAGAUUCGUCGCACCGAUGCCUCCACACAUGAAAAUUAGUUGGAAUAUAAUGUCUUCAUACCUAGUGUAA